AUGGACAGCAAUAUAAAUAGCGGGUUAAAUAAGCCGGUAAGUGAGGAAAAAACUAAGGAUAGUGAGAAAAUAGCUGAUUUUGAAUUAAUUUUACUACGUAGAAGACAGAAUGCCGCGAGAGUUCGUGCCUGUAGGGAAAGGAAAAAAGCUCUUGGCCUCCAGUCAUCUUUACCAGUUGAUAUUAAAACUGAGCCGCCAGAUGACAUCAGUGGGCUAACAGAUUCAAUGCCAAGUACAAGCUGGAGUCCAGCGUCAAAUCUGGGAUUAAAUGCAAUUGUUUCAAGUGAGAACCCCGCAGUUGAUGAUAUUGAUGCUGAAAAGAAUCUGUAUCAAAAGCAGCUAAAUGCAGAAAGAUGUCGUAGGUAUCGUCAAAAAUGUAAACUGAAAUCUGGCGUCCGUACUAAGCGAACUACAGGGGAACUGGAUACUAGUACCAGUCGAGACUUAGUUGCUGGGGGAGAUGGAUUUGAAAGCUCUACCAGUCAGACACAAGGUUCUUCCAACGACGAAUCUACAUCAUCAGGUGCUAAAAGUACAACCGCCGCUACAAACAACGCUAAUUCCAGCUCUGCUGCGGGGUUGUACUGUCGUCGGUACAGGGAGAAACUGAAUGCACGAAGAAAACGAGUAAAAGAAGAUCCCUCAUCAUUCUAUACAUUGUAUGUCAAACAUAACGGAGCUCAUAACUUAUUCGAAAACUUAUUCGAUAAUAAUCCAUUUGGUUUUUCGUGUACUGUUUGUGAUAGACUAUGGUUUGAAAAUGAAUUGAGAAGUCCUCCUUCGUCUUGCGGUGAAAUUUUAAGACAGAUAUGCCCAAAUGUCCCCUGUCAAGAUGUUGUGGUGUGUGCGGCCUGUAAGGUCUCGUUAGUUGCUGGAAAAAUUCCGAAUUUGGCGGUGUACAAUGGUUUUAAGUAUCCGCCUAAGCCGAAUCUCCCUCAAAUGGAUAUGGUUUCAGAGCGAUUAAUAUCACCAAGAUUACCCUUUAUGCAAAUUAGACGUUUGCGAUACGUUGAGGGACAACAUAGUGUCACUGGUCAAGUUAUCAAUGUGCCCAUUCAUGUUGACAACUUGGUCCAAACUCUGCCUAGAAAUAUGGUCGACGAUUUCUGUAUAAAUGUUCACGUAAAAAACAAAUCACUGCACAAAUCUAGUUAUUUGCAAGGAUUAUUAAAAAAGCGGGUUAUUAGAGACUGGCUUGAUUAUCUUAUAGACACCCCGCUUUAUAAGCAUUAUAAUAUAAAAAUCAACCCGUAUUUCUUAGAGGAUUUGAACAACGAGAGUGAAAUGUCAGACAUUGAUUUAAAGGAUAUCGCUGAACCAAUUGUAAUUGGUGAUAGCCUAGUUGCUGAACAGCAUACACUUUUAUGGUCCGCGGAAAGAGAUCUACAAAUAGCACCUGGAGAGAAUAAAAGGUCUUUGAGUUUACUGUUUGAUGCUUAUGCGGAAGAAUUAUCUUUCCCAACUAUUUAUUACGGUCAUUUUCGGAAAUUCAAAGACGGUGUUAAUUGUAAAGCACACUCAAUUGCAACAAGUGAAAUUCGGCGGACCGAUCGACGAGGGGCCAUUCCUCGCCACUUGCUCUUCUUAGUCAUGAAGGUUAUUUUAUUUAGACUGAGUGAAAACAUCGGUAUUGCUUCUAAAUAUAUCGUGGAAGACACAAAAGUAACGAAAGAGCAAAUAUUAUCUUCCGACUAUCUUAACGACUGUCGGGAACCAAAUUUGUCUUUUCUCAAAUUCAUACCAAAUUCAGUACAAUAUUGGCAAAAUCGAAAAAAAGAUCUCUUUGCGAUGAUAAGACAACUUGGGACCCCAACAGUUUUUUUGUCCGUGAGCGCUAAUGAAAUAUCAUGGAAAUGGCUUUUAAAAACUUUGCAUAAACUGAAACACGGCACGGAGAUCUCUGAUUUAGAAAUUGAUCAGAUGCAUUAUAAAGUCAAGGCAGAAUUAAUAAAUGAAGAUGCUGUGACUUGCGCCAUUUAUUUUAAUAAACUCGUCAAUGUUAUAAUGACAAUUCUUCAAAAUAAAACCGUUAGCCCAUUCGGUAAACAUUAUGUACGACAUUAUUUUAGGAGGAUUGAAUUUCAACACAGAGGAAAUACUCAUGCGCAUAUCCUGCUGUGGUUAAAUCAAGCGCCUAACGAUGCUUUUGGAGGUGACAUGACUUCUGCUAUUAAACUUAUCGAUAACUUAAUUUCAGUAUCAAAGACAGAAUGUUCAGGGCAUAUUGAACUGGUCACACACCAUCACACAUAUUCGUGUUAUAAAAAUAAUCAAAACCAACUAAAGUGCAGAUUCAAUGCUCCAUAUAUGCCUAGUAGAACUACCGUUUUGCUUGAACCUAUGACUAAAUCGUCUGAUGAGGAAAAACGAACUUAUAACGAGUAUAAAGAGAGAUAUCACAUCAUACACCAAAAACUGGAAUAUCAUGACUAUUAUAAUAUUGAUGAUUUUUAUCGUAAAAAUGGCAUAAAGUCAGAUGUAGAGUAUUAUAAAAUUCUGUCCGCUGGAAUUCUACGACCGAUGGUUUUCGUUAAACGUCACCCUAAUGAAAAAUGGCACAACUUUUUCAAUCCCUUCAUAUUUCACCAUUUACAAUCGAGCAUGGAUAUCCAAUACAUCACAGACGAGUAUUCUUGUGCUGCUUAUAUUGCGGAGUGUGUAAACAAAUCCGAUCGUAGCGUCAGUAAUCUUCAACGGGAGCUGUUGGAUCUUUUGGAGAAAAAUCCAAAUCUAGAUUUGGUUGACAUGACCAAACAUAUGAGUGUUAAUAUUUUGAAUGCAAUGGAAAUGUCCAGCCAAGAAGCAGCAUGGUUCCUUCUUAGGGAACCAUUGUGUAAGUCGACUCUUAAAGUAGAAUUCAUACCCACAAUGAGGCCUCAGGAACGUCAUCGUUUUAGAAAAACUGAAAAAGAAUUAGACCGUCUUCCCGAUGAAGAGACAAGUGUUUGGAAAGAAAACUAUUUUGAGAAUUACGAAAAUCGACCAGCAGAGUUGGAAGAUGUCUCACUGAUUCAGUUUGUUGCUUGGUAUAAGACCAGAACUAGAAAAAAAAUGUCAGGACCUCAAAUUGCGAACCAAAACUGGGAUUCGGAAGACGAAGAAGACGUUGAAGAAGAUAUAACACCAGAAGAAAAUAUGAAUCAGCAAAGUGAAAAAGUAUUUUACCGUCGUAAAACUCCAAGGGUCGUAAGCUAUUUGCGUUACGACAUGACUAAUCAUGAGCUAGACUACAAACGAGAAAUGGUUACCUUGUUUAUUCCAUUUCGUAACGAAGAAAGGGACAUUUUAGCUGAUAUGAGUUUCAAUCAAAUCUAUGAAGAAAAUGAAGAACUCAUUUUAGUUCGCCGAGAAGACUUCGAAGGAAAUUUGGACAUUGAUAAAAUUUUUGCGGCAUACAGAAUAUUAUGUCACCCUGAUGAGAAUGGCGGAGACCUAGAAAUUUUUCCGCUUAUGCAUCACGAUGCGGAUCCAUUCAGGGAAUUUCCCAACAAUCCUGUUCCAGAGCAGGAAGUUGUUACAUUAAAUUCUGAAGAUGAGUCAAAAGAAGUCAUUGAUAGUAGAAAAUUAGAUGUAGCUGAGAGCUAUGUUGAUUUACGAGACAGUUCCGAGGAAGACACUCAAGACACGAAGAAAACUGAUCAUGAAGUAGACAAUCUUAAUAUAACGGAAGAUAUUGAUGAAGAUGAGCCAGCGAAGAAAGAAGACAAAGUAUUGAGUUCCUCCAACCAAUAUCAGCCCAUGGUGAGGUGCGUCAACAAGAUGUGCGCUCGCACUUCCUUCGACUUCUACACAGCUGAGCGCAGCACAGUGGACUUCUAUGAUCCAGAGAGAAAGAAAAGAGGUUAUGUUUGCAGAACCUGUCUCAGUCUGGUCGAAGAGAGGAAUCAGCUGUUGAUCAGCGCCUUUAAAUCCCAGACGCCCCUCCUACAAUUGGAGACUCGUCAGCAGGAAGAGGAUCUGGUAGAGAUAUCAGAAUCGCAGUCCGAAGAUAAUCUAAUACCGGAAGUUGAUGAUGACGUCAUAGGCGAGGAGGGGGCUAGGUUUAUAGAGGAGAAGUUGACUGAUGUCCUGAACGAGACCUGGGUCAAGUACAACAUGGAUGACCGGCUCCAGGAGGCACAGGAUCAGCUAAAACAACAGCUGGAACAACUGCAAAAGCACAGUUUGGAGAUCGACCAGUUACUGGACGAGUGCCAGAUGUCCACAGAUAAGCUCCGCACAGAGAUUUAUUCUACGUUCAAGCCAGACAUCAGGAAACUUCCGUCGCUACUUAUAUACGACGUGCCAGAUUGCUCUUACACCUUCGUCGACCUCGCUGAACAGGGAAGUAGACUCUUAAAUCUUCGGAAAUCAUCUUUAUCUGAGUCUCCAACAAAAAAAUCCACAACAGAUCAGGAUUCUGAUGAAUCAGUGGUACAUAUAUCUGUGGAAUCCGCUCCCUCCCACCUGCCUCCCGUGGGGGAGUUGUCUUAUCCUCAGUUGGAGGUGGGAAUGAUAGUCUACGCAUCUAAGAAUGCUUCGGGGACCUGGAUGAAGGGCAAGAUAUUGGAGAUAACACCAAAGUCAGAAGAUUCAAACUCUUUUACUUUGUGUCGUAUCGAGUACGAAUACAAACAGGCUAAACCGUCCAAAGUAUUACCAGCUAGAUUCAUUGCAUACUUCGAUCCACCGGAUGUCAGGAUAACUAUUGGUACACGUGUGAUAGCCUUGUUCAAGGACAUCAUGAGGCGCGAGUUUUUUUACCCGGGUAUUGUCGCAGAAAUGCCCAACCCAAGGAAUAGGUACCGCUACCUGAUAUUCUUCGACGAUGGCUACGCUCAAUACGCGCCACACUCUAAGGUCCGUCUGGUGUGCGAGUGCGCGUCUCACGUGUGGGAGGAAGUACAGCCCAUGUCGAGGGAAUUCAUCCGAAAUUAUCUCUUGAAGUACCCUGAUAGACCCAUGGUGAAGUUGCAAUCUGGACAGAGUUUGAAGACGGAAUGGAAGGACAACUGGUGGUCGUCCGUGGUGGUGUCGGUGGACGCGUCGCUGGUGGAAAUCCAGUUCCUCCAGCUGGAGAGACGAGAGUGGAUCUAUCGAGGAUCCACGAGACUCGCCCCCCUGUACCUGGAACUGCAGGCCGCGGAGAGACACAGGCCCAGAGCCCUGCCACGGACACAGACCACCAAGACGAACAUGCCCUACGUGGAGUACACCAGAUCUGAAGAACUGACGAGCAAACAAGCCAAGACUUUGCCACAGCAACAACAGAGCGAGGGAUUUCCUCGUCAGCGCGCCGUUGCCAAGAAGACUACCACGAAGACUCGCCAAUCAUCCCGUACAGCCGUGCAGAGCCUCGACCACUUUACUAGUAAACUAGUGUACUACAGUCCAAAGAAACAUGUGAAGCCAUACAAGAUGGUGCCCCAUACUUGCUCGACUGCGUGCAAGAGAACGGAUGUUUUGGAACUCAAAGAUUUAAAAUCUUACAAUCCAUUAGCCAAGCCACUGUUGAGUGGCUGGGAGAGACAGAUAGCCAAUUUCAAGGGCAACAAGGUUGUGUUGUACGUGUCUCCGUGCGGUCGCCGCGUCCGCUCUCCGCGGGAGCUACAUCGCUAUCUGCGGACCGUUGGGUCAGACCUGCCAGUCGACCUCUUCGACUUCACACCAUCCACGCACUGUCUGGCCGAGUUUGUGCUCAACAAAUACUGCGUCAGCAAGAAGGACUUGUCAAAUGGCAAAGAGAACGUCCCAGUGGCUUGCGUCAAUUACUACGACGGAUCACUGCCAGAGUUCUGUUUCUACAACACUGAGCGGACUCCGACCGCUGGGGUUCCACUCAACCUGGACCCGGAGUUCCUGUGUGGCUGUGACUGUGAGGACGACUGCGAGGACAAGAGCAAGUGCGCCUGCUGGCAGCUGACUCUGGAGGGCGCUAGGACGAUAGGUCUGGAGGGGGAGAACGUCGGUUACGUUUAUAGAAGACUAAUGGAACCGCUCCCGACUGGUAUUUACGAGUGCAACUCUAGGUGCAAGUGUAAAGACACUUGUCUUAACCGCGUCGCUCAAUAUCCACUUCAGCUAAAUUUGCAGGUGUUCAAGACCCAGAACCGCGGUUGGGGCAUUCGCACCCUGAAUGACAUACCCAAGGGGAGCUUCCUCUGUACUUACGCAGGGAAGCUACUAACAGAGGCCACAGCUACCCUCGACGGUCUGAACGAGGGUGACGAGUACCUGGCGGAGUUGGACUACAUCGAGGUCGUGGAACAGAUGAAGGAGGGUUACGAAGAGGACAUACCAGAGAACAUCAAGAAGAUGGAUGAGGCUCAAAUAGCGGAACAACUCUCGAUGGCGGGCGAAGAAACACAGUCAUCGUCUUCAGGGGAAAGCAGCCCCAAAAGCGCUGAAAAUGACGACCUUAGCCUCGAAGACAUUGGUCCGGGGGUCACAGAGUUCAGCAAAGAACUAAGGGGGAAAGACUCACAGACAGACGAAGAAAUAGAGAGUGCGGUGCUGAAAGUUACCGAGAGAUUAGUGCCCACAGAAGAAGAUGAAACAGUUGUCACAGAGGAACAGAAAUCUGUUGUCAUAGAAGUGGAAAGUUCAGUGCCCACGGAGGACGAACUCUCUGAAAUGCAGGAGGAAAUCGAAGAAGAUUAUGAUUCUUCGAGUGAUGACGGAGAAGAUCGAGAACCUUCGAAUUUCUCAGCCAGUGCUGGGAUGGGAGCAAAGAAGUUUAAAUCAAAGUAUAGGUCUGUCCGUAGUCUGUUUGGUGAAGAUGAAGCCUGCUACAUCUUGGACGCCAAGGUGCAAGGGAAUAUAGGCAGAUACCUCAAUCACUCGUGCGUGCCGAACGUGUUCGUCCAGAACGUGUUCGUGGACACGCACGACCCUCGCUUCCCGUGGGUGGCUUUCUUCGCUCUCACAGCCGUGCGGGCCGGGGGCGAGCUCACCUGGAACUACAACUACGACGUGGGUUCCGUGCCCGGGAAGGUCCUCUACUGUUACUGCGGGGCUCCGACGUGUCGCGGCAGGUUACUGUGAGGCGGUCACACAGACGAACACCACGCACAUCGGAGACAAACUUAGCCUUGGGCUUCGUUACUGUAUAUAUAAAUAAUAAAAUGUAUGGACUA